AUCUAAAGAAAAAGGAGAACAAAGAAAAAUCAAGUGAGAUUAUUGGGAACCUGAAGCUUUUUACAAGCUCGUAAUCAGGUGAAGUCAUGUCCAGAUCGGGUGAUAGAACAUCCACCUUUGACCCUACACACAGUGACACCCUGCUGCACGGGCUCAACCUGCUAUGGAGGAAACAGCUUUUCUGUGAUGUGACUCUCACUGCCCAAGGACAGCAGUUCCACUGCCACAAAGCAGUGCUGGCGUCCUGCUCUCAGUAUUUCAGGUGUCUCUUUUCCAGCAGUCAUAUGCUCAACAGCGAGGGGACCAACAACAACAAGGACCAGGGGAGCAGUGGUACCCCAUCUUCCUCCCCCGAUGACAAGCUGAUGGCAAGCACCCGGUCCAUCAACAACCUGGUCCUCCAAGGCUGCUCCUCCAUCGGACUACGGCUAGUGCUGGAGUACCUGUACACUGCCAACGUCACUCUCUCUCUGGACACUGUGGAAGAGGUGCUCUCGGUCAGCAAGAUCCUUAAUGUCCCCCAGAUCACCAAGCUCAGCGUGCAGUUCCUCAAUGACCAGAUCUCUGUACAGAACUACAAGCAGAUCUGCAAGAUCGCAGCACUGCACGGCUUGGACGAGACCAAGAAGCUGGCCAACAAGUACCUGGUGGAGGAUGUGCUGCUGCUGAACUUUGAGGAGAUGUGCGCCAUGCUGGAUGCUCUGCCGCCCCCGGUGGAGUCAGAGCUGGCCCUCUUCCAGAUGUCUGUGCUGUGGCUGGAGCAUGACCGGGAGACUCGCAUGCACUACGCCCCGGACCUGAUGAAGAGGCUGCGCUUCGCCCUCAUUCCGGCCCCGGAGCUGGUGGAGAGGGUGCAGUCGGUUGACUUCAUGAGGAGUGACCCAGUGUGCCAGAAGCUGCUGAUGGAUGCCAUGAACUACCACCUGAUGCCCUUCAGACAGCACUGCAGGCAGACCACAGCCAGCAAGAUUCGUUCCAAUAAGAGGAUGCUGUUGCUGGUGGGUGGCUUGCCUCCUGGACCUGAUCGACUCCCCAGUAAUCUGGUCCAGUACUAUGAUGACGAGAAGAAGACAUGGAAGAUCCUCACUAUAAUGCCUUACAACAGUGCCCAUCACUGUGUGGUGGAGGUGGAGAACUUCAUACUACUGCUGGGUGGAGAGGACCAGUGGAACCCCAAUGGAAAGCACAGCACUAAUCAUGUCAGCCGGUAUGAUCCACGAUUUAACAGUUGGAUACAACUUCCGCCUAUGCAGGAAAGGAGAGCCAGUUUCUUUGCCUGCUGCCUGGAUAAGCACCUGUAUGUGAUUGGUGGGAGGAACGAGUCAGGCUACCUCUCCAGUGUGGAAUCCUACAACCUGGAGACUAACGAGUGGAACUACGUUUCCUCCCUGCCCCAGCCCCUCGCCGCACACGCUGGAGCAGUGCACAAUGGGAAAAUAUACAUCUCAGGUGGAGUCCAUAAUGGAGAAUAUGUUUCCUGGCUGUAUUGCUACGACUCCAUCAUGGAUGUGUGGGCCAGGAAACAGGAUAUGAACACAAAGAGAGCCAUUCAUGCCCUGGCUGGGAUGAAUGACCGCCUCUACACUAUUGGGGGCAACCAUCUGAAAGGUUUCUCUCACCUGGACGUAAUGCUGGUGGAGUGUUAUGACCCCAAAGCAGACCAGUGGAACAUCCUCCAGACGCCCAUCCUGGAGGGCCGCAGUGGCCCCGGCUGUUGCAUCCUGGACAACAGCAUCUUCCUAGUGGGAGGAUACAGCUGGAGCAUGGGAGCCUACAAGUCUUCCACCAUCUGCUUUAGCCCAGAGAAGGGGACCUGGACAGAGCUGGAGGGAGAGGUGGCAGAGCCCUUAGCAGGCCCAUCCUGCUCCACUGUCACAUUGCCUGCCUGUCUGCCCUUCAACAAAUAA